UCGAACCUUCCAAUUCUGAGGGCUGGUUUUGAAAACUGCUAAAGGUUGGUCACGAGAUAACCAUCAAGGAUUCCUUUCUCGUCCUUGAUCUUGCCAGGCGUAGAAGAAUGUUUGACAUAAACAUCAAGAAUCGUUUGAACUACCUCUAAUUUAAUCUCAUGAAGAAGAUUGAACAAAGAAGCAAUAGAUCACAUACAUAUUUCGUACAACUACAUCAUCUUUGUUUUACAGAUGCGGAAUUGGAGAAGCUGCCCUUCUUGAACUACAUCAUGACUUCAAGUACGUAGUAAUGGGCUAGUAGUUGCUCUUAUUCUAAUUAAGUACAUUUUUUGAAUUUUUACUUUUAUAACGAGCUGUUGUUCGAGCAUCCUCUUUCUCUGGCGUCCAGUCUAGUUCCUGGUCUGCGAUUGAAAUUGAUGAUUGUAAAAGGAAAAAAUUUUAUAUGGGAUGAAAAGUUGCAAAGUGAAUCUUGUCCGGCAAAUUAGUGGAAAGUCGUGCGGUUUUCAGUCUUUUUAUCUCGCUAGCUAACCGCUGUACUCAACCUGUUCUUGUUACAAGAACUAAUUGUAAUUGAAGAUUUGAAGAAUUUUUUUUUUGAUACACAGCAGUAGGUGAAGAUCAAUCGGACCCGCCACUAAGAGUGGUUGGCGUUCUUAACUUGCUCGAUCGAUUAACCUAACAGUUCUUAAAAACAUACUUAUAAGUGCAUAGAAUAGGUAUAGCGGAAAAAAUGUCGGGCGAUAUCGAAUUCAAGCUCAAUGAGCUUGAUACGCGUUACAAGAAUGAUAUGCGAGAGGUACUAAGAAUUCGUCAGUACUUGCACUGGCUUGGAAGCAGAAUAAUGAAGAAUGUCUGCUGCUUGUCCCUAUGCAUAAGGACAAGAGUGUGAAUUUUAUAUACACAUGCCACUAUAUUCUCCUCAAUGAACAAAGUACGCUUACGUGAACUAUUUAUCUUGAAUAACAAUCAACACUAUUGUCCUCCUCUCUGCAGAUGACGGAGAAGGUGAAAUUUCUGGAGAAAGAUAAUAAUAGUUUGCGGCGAAAGCUGGAGGAUCACGAUGAUGAAUUGCGAAGCACGAGAAGGAAGAUGGCCUCCCUCCAGGCCAGUAGCAACUCCCUUGAAUCGACAUCGCACGAUGUGCGUCGAGUAGAGUGGACUAUCCCUGGAAUCCGUGAUCGGCUGAAGGCGCAAGACAAAGGUAUCCAUGAUUCGUCCGAUGUUGUGUCUUAUUUGAUAACUUGGGCGCUGUGCUGAUAUACUACAGACGCUGCAAUUAAUACAACUAGUUAUAUAUACUAAGUUGUGAUGUGAAAAAGUUGACACAGUGACCUCGCUUCUCGCAAUUUAGGUAUGAGCAUUUGGUCUCCAGAAUUUUCUGCUCGUGGAAUCAACGGUAUUCAGUUGGAGUUUUUCCCAAAUGGGCGGGAGUCAACGACAAUUACAGGAUUUUGUUCCUUAUUUUUGUGGUGCCCAAGUGGCACGAAAAUCAAGUACCAGCUCUCCGUAGGUUAUGAUCCCAAGACCUUAUUUAUCUAUCCCUUUCCAGUCCUACAUCUCGAUGCCCUCGUGACACCUUUGUACUGAAGCACGGCUCUUCUACUUUCUUCAAACGAUCAUGGAUUACUCAGAAGAAAAACUACCAAUACCAUGUGCAAAGGAUUGUACUUGUAUCUUCGAGAAGAUGUUGUUCAAAGACACCACGACGGAAUUAGAGGAUGGCAGCACGACCCUCUUGUUCUAAGAAGUAAGUAGUACGCCCAGCACCCUCUUCUAAGAUAAGAAGCAUAUGCGAGCACCUGACGAGGAUACAUACGAUGGCCGCAUGGGUCACGGUCAUUCCAAUUUCUGCAUGCUAGAAGCAGAAAUCACGCAAGACUCCGUCACAGUGGCCGUCGACAUAUUGGAGGUUCAUAUUCGAAACUAAAUAACAGGCACGUCCUGCUACAUCAUAAUGUUUAUAUCAUGAUCAGGAGUCUUGAUAUUUACAAGAAUUUUUAGGCUGUCCCCAUGACAACGAGUUGUCUUUAAUAUGCUGGAAGAUGGAAGAUUCAAACUCAAAACCACGAGAUAUACUCAGGUUGAGAAGACGCAGUAUGUGCAGUCUGACCUUGGGUCGUUGCAAAUUUACACGGGCGCAGUCCGCUCGCAUAUCGAUCAAGAGGCGCAGGUAGUUUCUUGAUGCUUGUACAGACCCGUGGAGUUGGAUAUUAGUUUGUCGCGAGCCAUUUCGACGCCGACACUCGUUGAGAUCUACUUGAAUGUGCCUCACGGGGUAGUUUAGCUUUCAGAAUUUUGACCAUAAUUAGUUCACCAAGACCACAUACGAAUACAACAAGUUGAGUAGACCUAAAAUCAUUUCCUUAUACAGUAGAGGAAAUUUUAGUUUACUUCUCAAAUAUCACAGAUUCUGACGAACCGGAACAUCUCUCGAGUCGAGUGGAGGCUGAUUAAUAUGGAAAAGAAGUUAGCAAAUCUUCCUCGGGGAAGCAGCAUUUACUCGCCUAUUUUCUCUGCGGCCGGAAUCAGAGAAAUCCUUCUCGAAUUUUAUCCAAACGGUACUGGUCUAUGGUUUGAAAUAUUGUGUUUUUGAGUUUGAUGUGUUUGCCUAUUUUCCUUGAAGAUUUUUGUGAGAGGACAUUUCCUUCUAAACAAUGUUCGAAAUGAUCAGUAAUGAUCUGCAUGGUUAAUUUCUUUAGGUUCGCAGAACACAACUAAGGACGGCGCUUGCGCGUUUUACAUACGGUGUCCUGAGGGCACUAGCAUCGUCGUGACCCUCUUUGUCGGUAACUACAAGAAGGGACCGAUCGUCGCCCACUUUGACGGCAGCGCAGGCAAAGGAUUGCCAGACUUCUGUGAAAUUGCGAAGGAAAUCGAGGAUGACCAGCUCGUGUUGGGUCUCGAAUUGCAGAACCAAGCACUUGAGAAGGAGAUGAAGCGCAGCACCCUGCAUCUGACAUCAUAGAUAAGUAGACAAAGAUCAUUUAGCACCAAGAUGAAUUAUGGAGAGGAAGUAGAAUGAAGAAAAUGAGGGAAAAAAAUGAUGAAAAGGAGACUGCAACUCUCACGACAAGAGUCUCUGAAAAAUAAAGUUAAAGUGUUUCCAUUGAGGUUGGUUUGCUACGUAGUGGAUGCCUUAGGAAGAGGGCGACCAAAGUGCUCUGACCACUUUGUAGGCAAGUAGCUUCAUGUUGCGAAAGUAGAAAUGUUUGCUCUCGUACCGCAAGUGGGCCAACGUGGACCAGGAGGAGGUUGUAGAGCUUUAUCGUUUAUUAAUUAGUGAGAAGAAAUCUUCCAAAUUUCGAUUCAACAUUGUGCUAAUUGUUUACGCCUGAAAAUAUCACUUACAUUUUUGUUUUCGUUUAAUAUAUAUAGGUACAAUCUAUCAGCAUCAUAUACUCAUUUUCUUACAAUUCAAAUCAAACUCAAAUCCAACCAACGUACAACAACUACAACUGGUAAUACUAGGAAGCAAGUCAACUCACAGCAGGGACACUUGGGGGAGGGGGAACCAACGGUCGUGUCUCAUUCUGUGGGACGUGGUGGUUGUCUGCCAUGAAAUAUAUAAAACGUUUCCAAAGAUCGUUUUAUACGACGUAGCACCAUGUUGCUAUGACAAGGUAAAGUAUCGUACUAGACAAAAAGAGACUCAGUUACAAAAAUGGCUAAGGCAAACAAAGGUGCGCUGAUAUCUUCUAUCAGAAAGAAUGACUGAGGAAAAAAAUGCGAUCAACAUCAACGGGGAAAACUAGGUGAUACUUGUUGCGAUGUAGGUACUACCGCUGCUAAUGAAUGUGGACUCCUGAUUCCGAUUUGAAUGAAGAAGAUUUGUUGCUCACCAUUUUUUUCCCGGUAUGUUUCCCAUAGAACCCAUCACCGUCUCCCGCCGUGGAUAAUAUAGACGCCAUCCUCGUCGUGCACUCCUAGAGCAUGAAAAAUACCAAAACCUCAUCAUCUCCGGUGGAAAAUAUUAAUAAAACUUUCAAGAUAUUCCGCUCAUUCAGCUCCAGCAAGAGCAAAAAGCUUGGCACACCUCUAGUUGCCACGGGCUGGCUCGUGCGGUUUCGUCACGUCGUGCCUCAUCAAGCGAGAUCAUGGAAAGUUACCGGUGCAUCUGGCGAUGCUUCUACUAAGAUUGUGCC